CACAUGCGCUUGAACUUCUCUUUGAGCUCAGUCUUGUGCUCGCUGUUGGUGAUUCUGAAGUAGUAAUCAGGGUAGGUUGCCCUCCGAGCAGAUUGCUACCAAAUACUUCCAAAACUCAGAAAAAGACAACAUGGUGAGCGUUGAUGAGAUCCGAAAGGCUCAGAGGGCAGAAGGGCCGGCCACCGUGAUGGCCAUAGGAACGGCCACUCCACCCAACUGUGUGGACCAGAGCACCUACCCUGAUUACUACUUCAGGAUCACAAACAGCGAGCACAAGACUGAGCUCAAAGAGAAGUUCAAGCGCAUGUGCGAAAAGUCAAUGAUCAGGAAGAGGUACAUGCACCUGACGGAGGAAAUCUUGAAGGAGAACCCAAACAUAUGCGAGUACAUGGCGCCUUCUUUGGAUGCCAGGCAGGACAUGGUGGUCGUGGAAGUCCCCAAGCUGGGGAAAGAGGCCGCCACCAGAGCCAUCAAGGAGUGGGGCCAGCCCAAGUCUAAGAUCACUCACCUCAUCUUCUGCACCACCAGCGGCGUCGACAUGCCCGGCGCCGACUACCAGCUCACUAAGCUCCUCGGCCUCCGCCCCUCCGUCAAGCGUUACAUGAUGUACCAGCAGGGCUGCUUCGCCGGAGGCACGGUCCUCCGUCUCGCCAAGGACCUGGCCGAAAACAACAAGGGAGCUCGCGUCCUCGUCGUCUGCUCCGAGAUCACCGCCGUCACCUUCCGCGGCCCCAGCGACACCCACCUGGACAGCCUUGUUGGGCAGGCCCUCUUCGGAGACGGUGCGGCAGCCGUCAUUGUCGGCUCUGACCCGCUCCCCGUGGAGAAGCCUCUGUUUGAGAUGGUGUGGACCGCUCAGACCAUUUUACCAGACAGUGAAGGAGCCAUUGACGGACAUCUGCGCGAGGUGGGGCUCACCUUCCAUCUUCUCAAGGACGUUCCGGGACUGAUCUCCAAGAACAUCGAGAAGGCCUUGGUGGAGGCUUUCCAGCCACUGGGGAUCUCUGACUACAACUCCAUCUUCUGGAUCGCUCACCCAGGCGGGCCCGCGAUUCUUGACCAGGUGGAGGCCAAGCUGAGCUUGAAGCCGGAGAAGAUGAGGGCGACGAGGCACGUGCUGAGUGAGUAUGGGAACAUGUCGAGUGCGUGCGUGUUGUUCAUUCUGGACGAGAUGAGGAGGAAGUCCGCGGAAGAUGGGCUCAAGACUACUGGCGAGGGCCUUGACUGGGGAGUCUUGUUUGGGUUUGGGCCUGGGCUCACUGUUGAGACAGUUGUUCUCCGCAGUGUGGGUGUUAACUAAUAGGCCCAAUAGCACACUGGAAAUGAAAUGGAGGCCCGGUCGUGAAUAAUUUAUACUGCUAUUUCCCCUUUUUGGGACCCUCUGGGAUGUUCUUUUAAUUUUUUUUACAAUGCACUGAAAAUGUAUCCGCUUUAUUUAUUAAAAGUUAGUCUGUCUUGAUUUAAUGUGGUCUAUGUAGAGUGCAAAAGAGUUUGCAAUAUAAAAAUUACGAUAUUGACGAUUUACAUGACA